CUGCUAUCAGGAACAAUCUGGAAGGGUAUUUUAAAGCCUGUCUUGAAUCAGCGUUGUGGUUUUUUUUUAUAAAUAAUGAAAUCUCAAUAAGCUCCGACGUAGUCGGAAAGUUGAUUUACUCGUGAAACGGACGUUCAGAAAGUUAAAUCUCGACUCGCAAGUUGAAAAACGGAACGAAAAUAUCAACGAAAGCGAUUAAAACGAAAAUAGAAAAAAAAGCCAUACAAAUUUUUUUAUAUUCAUAAUACUACAAUAUUUUUGCUUAUUGAUAACCAAUAUAUUAUUCCAAGUGUGCAAUGAAUGCUCGUGAUUAUAUUGGGAUUUCAUCAAUAAUUGUUUUUAUUGGAUUGUUAAUCGCGUGCUUUGGCCAUGUACAGUGCGCGUCAAAUGUUAUCGCACAAGUAUCGCAUUUUCAUGCUAAAGAAUCGAGGGAUAAACUGCGUGAAGGCGAUACUUUUAAUAUCACCUGUACAGCGGAUUAUUUGGAAUCCAUUUUAACGUUUUGUGAUAAUUUAAGCGAAAUCUAUAUAGAAAAAACUAAUGAUAAAAAAUAUUUUAAACCAGAUAUAAUUAAUGAGACCAGUGUAUUUUAUGAGGUGAAUUCAACGAUGGCAAAACAUCCCAAGGAAUACGGUUAUUCCUGCAUGUGCAAGAAACACAGUUUAAAUACGGCGUAUUUUAUGAUUGGCAUCAAAUUAAAUAUCACCGAUUUUAAUUGCAAAUUUAUCGACACAUCCGAACCAAAUUUAAGUUGCAGUUUUAGCACGCCAGCAAAACUAUCUGCCAUAGAUCCUGCUACUAAAUUCUUUAUGGAAUAUAAAUAUCAUAAUUUUAGUUGCGAGUACAAUGAAAAUCGCACAGUGUGCACAGUGCCUAAUGAUUUUUUCAAAGACUACAAGUUUUCUAGUAAGCAUAAUUUUAAAAUUUUUAUGCAAGAUCAAUUGGGUACACAAAAUGAACAAUUUAGUCGGAGUAAAGAGGAAUGUAUUGUGCUGGUAACUCCGGAAAAUGUCAAUAAAAUAAGUUUAAACAGCAAUUCCAUUUGCCUGAAUUGGACUGACAAUCAAAAGGAUAAUUAUAAGCCGCUCUAUACAAUUGAAUGGUUGCUGAAUUUGGAACCUAAAGAAGACAAUAGAAAGUGGCUACAACAACCGACUGGGUCCCAUUUGAGUGAUAGCUACUGUCUGGAGGGAUUGAGUCUUCCUUAUCAGGAGUACACACUGACUGCAAGACGACGCCUUAACGACAGUAGAGUCCGAUGGAGUGAACCCUUCAAUUACACAUUUAUCACAGCUCCAACUAUCCCCAGUAGACCGCCAAUUGUCUGGCCUGGUGGUUAUCAAUUUAAUACACAUAAUUCCAGCGAACUUCAUGUUUAUUGGCAGCAAAUUCAAACGUUUGAACGCAACGGUCCAGAAUUUAAAUAUAAUGUUGAAGUUCGCAACAGCCAGGACAAUACGCAAGUCAAAAAUUUAGAUGUUCAAGUGGAUAUAAAUAUGGCCAGCAUAAGAAACUUUCCAAGCAGCGGACGUUAUGAAAUUCUAAUAAGAAGCGAAAACAGCGUGGGAAUGUCUGAAAACAGCAGUAAAUUGUUUAUUUCACAUGAAGCGGGCUCGGAAAAGCGAAUUCCGACAUUUUUAAAUAUUAGUAAAGAAGAAGACAUUAUAAGUUGGCAGCCGCCGGAGCAACGAGAACAACUCAUCGGUUAUACAAUCUAUUGGUGCAUCGCGAGCCUUACGGAUAGGAAUCGGUGCAAUGAUUCGAUGGCUAUAGAAACGGAUCGGGUGGAUGCACAGAGAAAUUAUUAUCAUCCAAAGAUGGAUAUCGAUGAUUCCUAUGAGUGGGCAGUGUCUGCCAAUUAUAAUGGAACGAUCCUAUCCGGUGGCAUGAUAUGGCGACAAUGGACACCACAUGUUAUCUCUAAUUUUGAUCACAGAAUACACAGCUGGGAGGGAGUUUUGGCUCUUCUCGUGCUCGGCGGUUGUCUAUAUUUGCUAUUCCGCAAAUAUAAAUACAUGUCGAAUAUUGAGGUGGAUUUACCACCUGGUGUUCUUUUGGAUAAGACGGAACAUAUUGAACUUUUGCCCGAUCAGCAUUCGAAUCAGAAUCGGAGUGCGAGUCUUAAUCCUGCCGAUGAGGUCCCAAAGAUUUUGAGUGCGAAUAUAAAACCUUUGGACUUGGAUCUGUCCACAGUUGCUGCUGAAAUUGACUCCUGGAUUCCCCCAAGUCCCGUUUCCGUUUGCAGCAUUUCCAGUUCAAAUUUAUCUUCUGCUUCUUCUUUAUCCACAACAGAAUAUGUUUCUUGCGAUCCUCAAACAAAUUCCAGGGAACCGGAUUAUACAAAGUUAAAAUCAAUUCCAGUUAAUUCAAAUUCUCAAACAAAUUCCAGUGAACCGGAUUAUACAAAGAUGCAAUCAAUUCCAGUUAAUUCGAAACCGAUUCCGAAACCGAACCCGAUCUCCGGAUAUGUUCAGGCACCCGCAUUUUACAGAUAACUCAUUUAAAUAUCUCUUUAAAGAUGGUAUUUUUAUAAUUUAUAUUAUUUAUGAUCAAAAAAAAAA